AUGCAAUCAAUAAAACCAAUAGUUCAAUAAAUUUCAUAUGCCAGACAAGGAAUAAAUGAGAAGAAGAACAUAUCAGAAAAUAUAGAAAAAAUGAAGGCUGCAUUUGAUCAAUUGGCACCAGCAAUUAGAAAUUAGUAAGAAUAUAUCUAAAAUAUGAAUCCAUCUUCUAUUCAAGUGAAAGAUGGGGCUGAGAAAUUAUAGGAAUAGAAAAGAUAUUUCUUAAGAUUUCUAGAUUUAAUCAAUUAUGAAUUAUCUGAAUUAAUAAAUAUUGCAAGAAAUACUAUGGGUUUGAAAGAUAAAAUUACUAAUCCUGAUCCUUUUUGGGAAAAGAUUCUGUAUUAAAAAGUUAAGUUUAUAGAAUCAAUAAAGGAUUAAUUGACUCCUGAUACAAAUUAUUUUGUAUUACUCUUUAAAACUUUGAAUCUAAGAGAUAAUCUAAUCAUACAAUUUGUUAAAGCAUUAUUACAUAAAAAGCUACUCUUAUGGAAAGAUAUGAAUAUAAGAAAUGAGCCAUUUGUUCAUGCUCAAAUUAAAGCUUUGUUAAAUAAUAUUGAAUCUAAAUAAACAAAAGGACAAAUAGUUAGUGAAAAAUUAGAGUUUAAAGAAAUUGAUUUUAUGAAUGAAACAAUUCCAGGUGUUUGGAGAUAUUAAUUAGAAUCUAAAGAAGAAAGUUAUUCAAUAGGAAUAUUUUUUAAUUUAUUAAAAGAAACUUAUGAUGAUUUGAUUACUAGUUUAUUAAAUUAUUGUAAUUUAUCAACAGAUCCAGCUGCAUUAAAGUAGGUUACAAAUAAUUCAAAAUAAGUUUAAAGUUUAAGACAAUAAAUUGAAAUAUUAGUAGAAGAAAAUGAAAAAUUAAAUAAAUAAUUAAAUGAAUUGAAAGUUACUAAAAGAUCUAAUGAAUUUGUUGAAAUUAAAAGGUUAUAAUAAGUAAUUGAAGAAUUAGAAGUUAAUUUAUCUAGAAAAACUAGAGAAAUUGAUGAAUUAAUGGCUAACUCAAAAGGAAGUCUCAGUUUAAUAUAAAAUCUAAGAGAAAAACUAAAAGAUGUUGAAGAAGAAAACCAUAGAUAUAACAAUAUAUUCUUUCCUAAAUAAAAGGAUAUUGAGUAAUAGACAGCCAAAUUAUUAGAUGAGUUUUUGUAAAUUAAAAAAGAUAUAGAUACAUACAGUUCCUUAUUUAAAAUGGAAAGUUAAAUUAGAGAAAAAGCUUUGAAAAGUAAAGAAUAAUCAGAAGAUUAAGUCUAAAAAUUAGUUGAUAUGUUAGGAAGAUCUAAAUAAAAAGUAUUAUAAUAUUAAAUAAAUAAAAGAAUAAAGAACUAUAAGAAGUGAUAAAGUAAAAGGAAUCUAUUAUUAACAAAGUUUUAGAAGCUAAAAGAUAGAAUAUGGAUGAAAUUCAAGUUUUGAAUAAAGAAAUUACUAUCCACAAAGACUAAGUUCUAUAUGAAGUAACUUUAUUAUGAUCUUAGUAAAAUAGAGUCAAAGAGGUACAAGUACAAUUUGAUAUAUUGGAGAAGAAGUAUUAAGAUAUGUUCGAAAUCAACACACAUUUUAAUAAAAGAAUAUAUGAACUCGAAAGAUAGAAAAAAGAGUUAUUAGAUAUCUUAAAGAAACACGAUAUUGAACCAGAUCCAACUAAAUUAAAUUUUAUUAAUGAACCAUUAUAAUCAUGA